AUGACAUCUCUACACCAAGAGCCAGGGGCUUAUUACGCCGACCAGCUUCCCCAAACUUACUAUAACUCGCAUGUCCCACAACAUGCCAUUAUCAACAACCAGAUAGACCAGCACGAACGUCCGCAGUUCUACCAGGCCGAAAAUGGUAACUCCCAUCCACCUUACGAUGCUAACGAAUCUCCUCAUCAUGAAUACUAUCAGCAGGAACCUAUCACCGCUGGUGCUCCUGUCAUCCCAGAAGCUGCUCCAAGACCUGCUCCCACUCAGAUACCCCAGCCACAUAUGCCUCCACAGCCUCCAAUGGAUCAGCCUGCUGAGCAGCCGUUCUACGUGAAUGCUAAGCAGUAUCACAGGAUAUUGAAGAGGCGUAUCGCCAGAGCCAAGUUGGAGGAAACGCUUAAGAUUGCAAGAACCAGAAAGCCAUACUUGCACGAGUCAAGGCACAAGCAUGCCAUGAGACGUCCUCGUGGUCAAGGUGGCCGUUUCUUGACAGCUGCUGAAAUUGCUGAGAAGGAGAGAUUGGAAAAGAUGAAGAGCAUGGAGAACUCUGAUGAUGGAGAUUCCAAGCCAAAUGGCUCUGACGCCCAAAAGAAAAGUGACACUUCCGAAUCCGGCUCUUCUGCCAACACUCAGCACUCCUCCCCUGCUACCACUGAACAUUCAGCUGUGGAGCAAAAAGACGUUGGGGAGUCUAUCUUCCAGAAUCUCAUCAGCGAGCCUGGUAAUUAA